GGCCCUACGUGUGAGUCAAAUCACUAUCCAUGGGAUAUUAGAAUUUGACUUGUUCCAUUCUAUUUUCUGUGUCUCACACCAAAUUAAAAGAAAUGAGAGAGACAAAAUUAUAAGACUAAAGAGCCAGAAAAUACUCUUUCAAACUUGAAUAUUCUUCAAAGAGAGCGUGGGGGCAAUUCUAAUUAGAGGAAGAAACAUAAGGGAAGCAAAAGCCAGAUGUUUUCCACAAGGGUCCUCCUUUCAGCGGCUUUGAUUUCCACUGCACUGGCUGGGCCAUGGGCUAACCUAUGUGCAGGCAAGCCUUCCAACGAGAUCCGGAAAUGUGACAGCCACGGUUGUGGACAGUACUCUGCUCAAAGCAAUCAGAGGCCUCACCAAGGUGUGGAUGUCCUGUGCACUGAUGGAUCUACCGUGUAUGCACCAUUCACUGGAAUGAUCAUGGGUCAGGAGAAACCUUAUAAAAACAAAAAUGUCAUUAACAAUGGCGUUCGGCUGUCUGGAAGAGGUUUCUGUGUCAAAAUUUUCUUCAUAAAGCCAAUUAAGUAUAAAGGUUCUAUCAAGAAGGGAGAAAAACUGGGAACUCUUUUGCCCCUGCAGAAAGUUUAUCCUGGCAUACAGUCACACAUACACAUUGAAAACUGUGACUUCAGUGAUCCUACUGCAUACCUGUAAGCAGAAGACAAAGACAGAGCUUCUAAAUAGCCAUCCUCCAAAAAACUUGGAUGCAUAACUUUGCUUCUCAAGAAAUAUGUGUUCAAUCAGAAGCAUGAUAAAUGCAAGAAAGAAAACAAUUUUGAUUUUGACUCAGUUA